UCGAAAUAGUUUGAUUGCUUAUUGGAUUACCUAGAGAUCAAACACCAUUGUUUGAUGGCAUCAAGCUCGGUUAACUCGCCGUGGACCUCAAAGGAUAACAAGAUGUUCGAGAAGGCAUUGGCAUUGUACGACAGAGACACGCCGGACCGAUGGCACAAGAUUGCCCGUGCCAUGGGUGGGAAGACGGCGGAUGAAGUGAAGCGCCACUACGAACUGCUUGUCGAGGACGUCAUGCGUAUCGAGGCAGGGCAAAUGCCUUACGCUAAUUACUUCUCCAACCGCAAAGGUUGAAACAGCUCAAUAUAAGAGCACAACGGGAAAGAAGAAAGCAAUAUGCAUGAUAAAUAGUGAAUAAACUUAUCUUAUCUGGAUAUCAGAAAGCAGAAUCUCAAGGAUCAGAUAUGUCAAUAUCAGAUGUUUGUGGUUUUAGAAUAUCUAUCUAUAUAUAUAUAUAGAAACUAGAAGUUUCUAUGUAUUAUAUAAUAUUUAAAAAUAAGGGUUAUGUAUCUGCUGUGUCUUUUAUGUGCUUUCAGGUUUGUUAUUAAGAUAUAUGUAACUGUUGAAGUUGAUAGCGUUAUGUGAUUAAGCUACUUCGUGUU